UACACAAAUAAUUUUUUAGGAAUAAAGUAAUAUUUUCAAAUAGUUUUUUAUUGAUAAAGUAAUUUAAUGUAUUGUCAAUUCUAGUUUUAUAUUAUGGCUGAAAAUAUUGGUGGAAAUAGUUUUUCCUUUAAUUACAAGAGUGUAAUCAUUGAUGAAAUUGCUUUGAAUGGUUUGGAAGGUAUCGGGUUUGAUUACCUGUGGAAACGCACAGAAAAACGUUUAAAUUGUUCUUUAACACCUAAAAUUAAGUGUAAAUUUUGGAAAUUUAUAACAUCUACAAAAUGCAUUACCUUUUACAAGUUGGCUUCCCCAGUACCUCUGCUUGAAAUUUUGGACAGAUUUUCAAUUAUUGAUGAAAACAGUGGACAGCUAUUAGACCCGCCAGAGUACCUUGACGGCCCGUAUGAAUAUUGUCCCAUAGAAUAUGAAUAUGGAUCAUGUGCUAAUUAUAAAACUAGAAAGAUUAUACCCCAAGAGAAAUUGCAAUCAAAAUCCUAUGAAGAAGUAUUUGAACUAUACGGCCAUAGACUGGUUAUGGUCGCAUCAUUGGAGGAACGAAUGCAUGCUCUAGCUCCACACAUGCCUAUGUCUAUAUUACUGUAUUUAACUGCUCUUCAUUAUUGCUUAUUGGAACUAGUCGGUAAAGGCAGGGAAAAUGGACAAAUGACAGUUGGAAACACUAACGUAGGUAAGAUAGUUAAAGAGCCGAAAUUCCUUUUCUAUAACAGAAAACACUUACAAGACUUAGAUUUGGUUAGAGUGCGAUGUCUUACCCAAGUAAUAGCAGAGAAAGGCACGAAGAGCUUAAUAUUGCGGCUGACACGAUUUCACCAACCUGAUAUUCUGUCUCAACCAAAACUUGGUAAAAUCUUUGAUUUAACUCAAUACCUCAUGAAUCAGCCUAAAUUCAGUGAACGAAAUGAAGUCAUCAUACGAAAAGGAUUUUUGACUCCGCAGCAAAGUAAACGACUACAAAAAACUGUCAAUAUUUUCGAUUUCGAUGAUAGAGAAGGGUUAAAGAAGAAGUGCAUAACGCUCAUAUCCCAAAGUGAUGAGUCCUCUCAAUCAGAAGAUGAAAGUCCUGAGCCAACGUUACAAUGCCAGUAUAAAGUUGGUGUCGGCCUAUUGAGACAGGCAUAUGAAAGGUUUCUGGAUGCUGGGUUAAAAGGUCUCACGCAAAUAGAAAUAGCCCAGUUACUUGGUGUUGAGUUCUACACUUCUAGAACAAUUUGUCGGAUUUUUAAACUCAAGAAUAUUGUACAGGAAUUUCUCGAAGAUAAAGGUCGUCAGAGAACUGCUAGAUACAUAGCUGUAGCAGCAACAAACGAAAUUAACUUCAAAUAUGCAGAAGAGAAAAAACAACUUAUGGAAUACUUAAACAAAAAUAGGAAACGCUGUAUUUCCGAAGAAGACAAAGGUAUUCCCGAAAAACGGGCAAAGCAUGAUGUUGAUACUGACAGCAUUGAUAAAAAAAUAAUUGAAUUGAAAGUCCUUGAUGGCCUAGAGGAGCAUUGUAAUAAAUCAUUACAAAACGCUAAAAAGAAACCAACACUACGACAACUAAAAUUUGCUACUGGCAUUUUAAAAGUAAUAAAAGAUCGCUGUUUCGUAACUGGAUAUCAAACGCUAUCCACGUUUGUUAAUAAGGAAACAGGAGAACCUCCCAUGGAUACGAAAUCGUUAAAACUAGUCAUUCAAAAGCUUAUGACAGAUGGACACUUGAAAGUGUUCAAAUUAAAGUUUUCGUGCCAAGAUAAAGAAAGAUAUUCCUUGUUCAUUUGUUCACCAAAUAUUAAAAAGACGGACCCCCUUGUAAAAUCACACUAUAAUGAUAUUUGUCACAAAGCAAAGCUAAAUUACAAAAAUCCGAUAAGAAAAUCCAGUCAAAUUAUAACUCGACCUCUUGCUAAUUUCACCUACCCGCGAUACUUGAAAAUUCAAAAGUUACAUGAACACAUUAUAUCAGUUGUACACUUUAGUGAUAUGAAAUUUAAUUUCGCACCAGGGUUUACUUCUUUGCAUUAUAUUAUACCGGAAAUGACCGUCGAGUUAGCUUUAGGCAAUAUGACUUUCGCAGGCGAAACAAACAAUAUUGGGCAACUAAAAUUACAAGCAUUAGAACAAAAAAUACGUGAUGCUCCUGAUAGUCUCAAGAAUAAUUUACUGUAUUCAAAAAAUUUACACAAUUCUAUAAGAAACAGUUUGAAAAUGCUUGCUGUUCUUGGACUAGUUCAAUUAAUUAAUGAACCAUCAUCAUGCGUCACUGAUGAUGGUGUGUACGUGAAUUUCGUAUUCUAUGUUAAUCGUCACGCUAAAAUAUUAGAUACAUCUGGCGUAUGGCCAAGAACUAAUGAAAACGCGGCAACUUUGGAAAAAUCCUACUUUUUUAAAACAUUUGACGACGUAAUUAAUUAUUGGAAUGAUGUUCAGGUAAUCAGUUUGAAUACAUCGAUAACAGGACUUAAACGUGAAAAAUAUAAAGGUGUGUACCCAUUACGUGACGAAGCUGAAGUCGUACAACAUGAUAAUGGUAACCGAUACGGCGAUGGGUUAGGUCCUUGUGGAUUCGACUCGUCUAUAUUUAUGGACAUACCUAGAUUAUGGCGUACAUACUGCAGCCGAAACUACAACACAAACAUCGCAAAUCUUUUGAAACCUCACAUUAAAUAUAGAAAAGGUUGCAAGCCAGGACCGAAAGAGGAGGGAAAAAAAGUUAUCAGAAGGAGAAGGAAACUCAAUAAACCACCUCCGAAGCCCAAGCCAGUCGACAUACAACCGGUGAAGAGACCUAGAAAUGACGCUGCGGUCAAAUGGACAAAACUGGAUGACCAAAUUUUAACUCUGUUAAAAAUAGUUAUUAUUAUAAUGAGCCCAGUACCAGGAUGUAUAAAAGUCAGAAAUUUAGUUGCUAAGACUCUUCUUUCUGCGAUCGGUCCGACAAAAGCAGCUUCACUGUGCCAUCGACGAUCAGCUCACCUCGAAAGUAAUCCCGAACUAAUGCAUGAAAAAAUGUGCAUAAUAAAUGAGCUUCGACGUCGACCACAUUUGACCCAAAAAUAUGAAGGCCUUUUAAAAGUUCUGAGGUUGAGACAUCAUGCAAAUUUGCUUAAAUUUGUCAGAGAAUCAAAAAUACCAAUUAUGGAGUUACUCUGGAUAGUAUACCAAAUUGCUAAAAACAAACCAUACCUACAUCGGAUUCCGUGCGUCGCUUCGAAUUUAGAGGAGUUUAACAAAAGUUUUACAAUCACGGCAACUGCCACCCAAAAAAUUAAUAGCAUGUAUAAAUCAUCGAUAGGCACUGAUCCAACUUUAGCGUCACUAAAAGAGGGUAUUGUCCUAACUAUCAUGACCUCAAUAGAUGAAGAAAAUACAAAAGAAACUGCAAAUAAGAUUUAUUCAAUUUUUAAAAACUAUCCAGAGACGCACUUGCGUGCUACCAUUGAAGAGCUUCGUAAGUGUGGAGCAAUCGCUGCAAGAGAAAAAAUAUUUAACACUUACUUGAAUAAAGUACAUAUAAAUGAUAUUGUUCAAUCAUGUUACAAAAUUUCAUUCUCUUACAAGCGAAGAUGGAUAAAUCGUCUCUGUUCACAAUUUGACGAAAAAUUAUAUGCAAUUAUUAAUGAUGAAAUUCCUCAAAAUGGAUUAAAAGGCUCGCCCACUGUGAAUUGUAUAUUUUUUGAAAUGCACACUACUGGCAUCUUAGAUAUCAUAACAGUAAAUGUGCCAGUAAUCAUCGGAUCUACAGGAUCGCUGAUUCAAGAAGAAAAAUUAAAUAUAAUUGACAUGGAAGCUAAAUAUAAGCUGAAAUCAGGUCUUGUUGGCUGCAAAAAUAUUUCAAAACUGAAAACAUUUUCAGAAUUAUACCAAACCUGUAAAUUCGAAGAACACUGCGCCAAUCUUGAAAGAUAUAAUCAAGUAAAUUAUAACAUUGAAGACUCAAAAAAACAACCAAAAGACCAAAUAAUUGUCUACUUACAAGGAAAAAAGGAAUAUGGCUGCACUUUUUCAGAACUUCAGAAUAUCACAAAUUCGGACAGGAAAUGGCUAAUGGUCAAACUACAACAUUUGGAAGAAAAGGAAGUCAUCAAACGCGUCGGAUUUUACGAAAAUAAAGUUGUGUUGAAAGAGUUCGCGAAACCGUGGCUCCUUGAGAUAAAUGAAAAUAUUUAUAUUUUACCUACACCUUGGUUAGAUCUUGAGGGGAAACUACGUCGAAACAUUUUCAUGAAGUGGUGCAGCGUAAUCAUGAACAAAAUAUUUGAAUGCCCCGGCUCCUCUUUGGAAUUUUUAUCGAACCUUUUUGAAUUCAUAACUACUAGAGCUGUACAAGAUGUGUGUAUGUUCUUGGAAAAAUGUGAAUGUCUCACAUUGAAAUGUCUUUCAAACGCUUCUGUCGAUCUUUUCUCAGAUGAUGAUGUUGCACCAGAAAUGUUAGAUUUUAAUCCGUAUGAUCCUCCUCAGACUAUAUUAGCAUUUCCUCUUAAAAAUUCGUUAACUACAUUUUCAUAUAUCAAAAAUAAAAUUUAUAAAGCAACUUUAAAUGUACAGAAUGUUUAAUGAUCAUUGUUUUAAGAGUUAAUACUGUGUGAUAGUAUAUAAUCUAUACUAAUAUUAUAAAGAGGAAUGGUUUGUAUGUAUGUAUGGUUUUCACGCAUAUACUACUGGACCGAUUUUGAUGAAAUUUGGCACAGAUGAUCUUUAGAGCCUGAGAAAGAACAUAGGCGAAAUAUGUAUCACGGGCGAAGCCGGGGCGGACUGCUAGAGGGAAACUCGUACUAUUAUCACGUUUUAUCAAAUAAUAAAAUUACAAUGUCUCAAAAA